AUGGGUGGACCAUCCAAAACGGAAGAAACGCACGAUUUCUUACUUAAGCUCUUUCAAGACGGUGACUUGAUACCUUUUGGGAUUUUCCAAAAACCCUUGGCUCAGUUCAUAGCAAAAAGGCGUACACCCACAAUCGAGAAGCAUUAUGAUGAGAUCGGAGGCGGAUCACCAAUUCGUAAGUGGUCGGAAUAUCAAUGUAAGAAGGUGUGUGAAAUUUUGGAUGAAACAAACCCUGAAACGGCGCCUCAUAAACCAUAUGUUGCAUUCAGGUAUGCAAAACCGUUGACAGAAGAGACUUUGGAGAAGAUGAAAAGGGAUGGAAUUAAACGUGCUGUUGCUUUCUCACAAUACCCUCAAUUUUCUUACUCAACUACUGGGUCAUCCAUCAAUGAGCUUUAUAGACAAACGAUAAAGAAAGACCCUGAACGGACAAUUGAAUGGUCAAUAAUAGACAGAUGGCCUCAACAACCUGGUUUGGUGAAAGCAUUUGCAAACAAUAUCAAAGAAAAACUUGCCGAGUUUCCACCAGAAAUAAGAGACGAAAUUGUCAUUCUUUUCUCGGCUCACUCAUUGCCUAUGGAAAUUGUCAAUUUGGGUGAUUCGUACCCAGCUGAAGUUGCUGCUACUGUAUACAAGGUCAUGGAGUCCUUGAAAUUUUCUAAUCCGUAUCGUUUGGUUUGGCAAUCGCAGGUUGGUCCAAAGCCAUGGUUGGGUGGGCAAACGGCCAAGAUCAUUGACAAGUUGGAGAAAAGAGAUGACAUAAAAGGCAUCGUAUUGGUUCCAAUCGCAUUCACAUCGGAUCACAUCGAAACUCUUCAUGAGUUGGAUAUAGAGAUUAUGGAAGAUGCCGAGAACCCUGAGAAGAUCAAAAGGGCUGAGUCUAUGAAUGGGAAUGAAAUUUUUAUUUCCGGUUUAGCUGAUCUCGUGAAGGAGCAUUUACAGAGUGGCAAAAAGUACUCAAAGCAAUUGGAGUUGGAUUGCAUUCUAGGUGGUGAAAGGGCCACAGGUACAUUCAAACAUCCAAGUGAAUUAUUUGGUAAAAAAUAG